CUUUUUUCACAUGGCAAUCUGACAGUCACAAUACUGCUGUUGACCUGAAAAAAAAUCAGACAGUGUAACAAAAAAAUUGGGCGUAAGAAUAUAAGGAAAAUCUAGAUGAGGAAAUAUCCUGCCUUAGAAAGAACACACUCGGUCUUGUUUUAUCGCUGUGGUUUUCACGACCAGUCGAAAUAAAAAGUGAUAGUAUAUGUACAAGUGAUAUCGACCCUAGCGGGUGCAAAGGCUACACCCCACCGUACACGCAGAUAUAAAAUUAUAUUCAAACUCAAGAUGGCGGACAAUUCAAACACCCGAAAUUUCAGAAAAUUACUCUCGGAAAUUAUAGACACAGAAAAGACUUAUGUCAAGAACCUUGAGGUCCUAUCUAGUCGUUACCUUGACCCGUUGUCCACCGUGACCUUCUUAACGACCUUGGAGAUCACACAGCUCUCAGAGAGUCUUCGGGAGAUCCUCAAAGUUCAAAGGUCGUUCUUAAAAAGACUGGAGAGAGUGAUUGAGGAGCACAGUAAAGUGUUUUCAUCAGAAAGGGAGGAUCUCGUCAGGAACACAGUAUUAGCCGUCGGAGACGUUUUUCUGUUUUCUGCGGACCAGUUCAAAAUCUACAGUUCCUUCUGCGCACUAUACAGUAGAGUGCAGGAUAUCCUUAACUCUGGCGAGAAUGAACCGUUACGUCACUUCCUGGAGAGUAAGAACGAGACGAAGGAACACUGUAACAGCCUGGAGUCGUUCAUCAUCCAACCGAUACAGCGGAUACUGAAAUACCCGCUGUUCCUUCGUCAAAUGGCGGGUUUGACUCUAGAGAACUCGGAAGAGCACCGCCAUAUUUGUAAAGCCUGUGACGUAAUGCAAUGCGUGGCCAACCACAUCAAUGAAAUGCAGAAACUGAGUGCCGAGUUUGGCGAGUCCUUCAGAUCGCUGUCUGCACAGGAUCUAGAAGUUCGGGAUCUGUGGACGGAGAGGCCUGACCGUCAACACUCUGCUGACAAUAUACCGGUCAUCAAAGCGGGAUACUGUGUGAAAGAAGGGGGAAAGAUGAAAAGCUGGAAAAGAAGAUAUUUUGUUUUGAAUGAAUACGGACUGUUCUAUUUUACGUCGGAGGAGGCAACGGAACCUCUGCGUUUUAUUCCAAGAAACGAGAUGCAACACGUUAAAUCAAGCCAUGUAAAUAAACACACGGGCGGAGUCUACGGAAUGUUCGAGCUCUACACCGAGGAUAGAACCUAUUACAUUGACUGCGAGUUUUCAGCGGAAGUACAAGACUGGGUCAGACGAAUCAGGAGUCUUUUACCUAGAACACGAAGAAAAACAACCUUUAGAAACGCACGUGAGAGUAUAUUCUAUACGUCCGCCGGAUCUAUGGACCAUUAUAAGUCUGGAUAUUGUAUCAAACAAGGCGGAAAGUGGAAGAAUUGGUUGUCCCGAUAUUUUGUUGUGAAUCAGGACGGAAUAAUGUACUUCACAUCAGAACAGUCCAUAGAGGCGCUGGGUGUGAUUCCAAAGAAUAGUGUUAACGGAGUACAAGAGAUAUCAUCGUCCCAGUUUGACCGUGACAAUGUGUUUGAGAUCCACACGUGCUGUAGAACAUACUACCUCCAGUGUGAGAAUCACGACGACCUGUGUGAGUGGGUGUCCGCCAUCAGACGAUUACUGCCUCAUCCCAAAAUUCAAUUGAACGUUGGUGAACUAUGUACCUAUAGUGCAGUGCAUUGGUGCAACAUCCGGGACAUUGUCGGCAAAAAAGCGCAUGCGUGUGAAAUUGCUACCUCAGUUUUUGUGUUUCGGUCAGCUCUUGUUAUCAUAAGCAGAUACAAACAGAAUACAAAAGAAGACCGGGACGGGGCCACAGGAUCGACCGGAAGUUCCGGGCCUCAGGUGGCGGACCUGUUCCGGUCCAUCAUUCCUGCUGACGAUAUCCUAGUCACUGAGGAGACCGACGAUAUGCAGGACAGGUAUACGUGGAGCGUCACUCAGUCUUACCUGGACGACCUACCCCCCAGAGCCUACAAUUUCUGUACCAGCUCCAAAGAGAUUCGAUCGAGGUUUGUGACGGCCAUCCAAGAUAUUAAUCAGCGUAGGACGUGAUUCAUCGGUGACAAGCAAUGACGAUUUGCUGAGCCUCUAUAAAUCUAUGGAAUCGCCUUUAUAUCCGAGCCAAAUAUGACAUUGUAUGUUUCAAGAGAACAAACAUAUCGAAAGUCAACCCCAGGCUGAAGUGGAGGUCACGUGUGAUUGGGUGAUUUACUGUGGCAGACUUUUGAUGGGGGGUCGACUUAUUCAUAAUAUUUUGGACAGAAAAACAACAGUUUAUCUGAAAUCACACUUUUAAAAUAUUUUAGCAGAAGAGUUGUUCAACAAAGUUUUGGUAAACGAACUCUAGCGCUAGAGGGGUUAAGGGGGUCCGGACCACCACCCCCUGGAAAACUCAAAUUCAUUAAAUUCUCAUAUUAAAAUUACUUACAACACUCUUUUGCAAUAAGAAAUCCAUACCCAUGCACCUUUAAUAAUGAUUGAGAGAGAAUGUCUGAUGUACAUGUGACGCUGAUCGUCUUUCCUUUUUGCAUUGAUAAGUUUUUUGUGUGUGUUUUUUUUUUUUUGUUAACGUUUUUGUGUGAUAUUGAAGCUACUGUUAUUCUGUUUUAUUUUAAUACUCCUUUUACUUAUUUUUGUAUCAUUUUUGCAAUUUUUAAAUGAUGUUUUGUUUGAAUAAAACUGGAAAACGAAUUUAGAAACUGAAAAAAAAUAGACUACUAUAUAUGCAUAUAAAUUUGUGUUUGUU